AUGCCGCAGAACGAGUAUAUCGAGCAGCACAUCAAGCAGCACGGGCGUCGGCUGGACCACGACGAGCGCAAGCGUAAGAGAGAGGCGCGUGAGUCGCACAAGGUGGCCGAGCGGGCGCAGAAGCUGACCGGAUGGAAGGGUAAGCAAUUCGCCAAGAAGCGGUACGCGGAGAAGGUGGCGAUGCGCAAGAAGAUCAAGGCGCACGAGGAGUCCAAGGCCAAGGGCAGCGGCAAGCCGCUGGAGGAGAGCGGGGAGGCGCUGCCAACGUACCUGCUGGAGCGUGAGCAGGCCAACAGCGCGAAGGCAAUCUCGUCGUCCAUCAAGCAGAAGCGGCUGGAGAAGGCAGACAAGUUCUCGGUGCCGCUGCCCAAGGUGCGCGGGAUCAGCGAGGAGGAGAUGUUCAAGGUGGUGAAGACUGGUAAGUCGCGCAGCAAGAGCUGGAAGCGUAUGAUCACGAAGCAUACGUUCGUCGGCGACGGGUUCACGCGUAGGCCCGUGAAGACGGAGCGGAUCAUCCGGCCCAGCGCGCUGAGGCAGAAGAAGGCCAACGUGACGCACCCGGAGCUGGGCGUGACCGUGUUCCUGCCGAUCCUGGCGGUGAAGAAGAACCCGCAGUCGCCCAUGUACACGCAGCUGGGGGUGCUGACGAAGGGUACCAUCAUCGAGGUGAACGUGUCGGAGCUGGGGAUGGUGACGUCGGGAGGCAAGGUCGUGUGGGGCAAGUACGCGCAGAUCACGAACGAGCCGGACCGCGACGGGUGCGUGAACGCGGUGCUGCUGGUGUGA